AUGCCGUCUUUCACUGUCUACAAAGGCCAUGCCUCUGGCAACGCGGUCAAGAGCACUACUACAAAGCCUGACGAGCUUACAGAGGACUAUGUGUUCGUCCGAGUAACUGCCUCUGGUCUCUGCGGGACAGACCUGCACUACCGCCGUGCGGAUAUGGUCCUCGGCCACGAAGGCGUUGGCGUCGUCGAAGAAGUCGGCCCCAACACCCGUUUUCUGAAGAAGGGUGACCGCGUCGGAUGGGGAUACGAGACCGACAGCUGUGGCCACUGCAUUGAGUGUUUCCAAGGCACAGAGACCUUCUGCGAUAAGCGCGACUUGUACGGCUCCGCCAACCUCGACCAGGGCAGCUUCUCCUCCCACGCUGUCUGGCGCGAGUCGUUCCUGCACAAGAUCCCCGACUCGAUGAGCGAUGCCGCCGCUGCGCCCCUGCAGUGCGGUGGUGCAACUGUCUUUGGUGCUUUGGAGGGUGUCAAGCCUACUGACACCGUUGGUAUCAUUGGAAUUGGUGGACUCGGCCACCUCGCUAUCCAGUUUGCUGCGAAGAUGGGAUGCCGCGUUGUUGUGCUCUCGGGUUCAGAGCGUAAACGUGAGGAGGCUAUGAAGCUUGGAGCUCACGAGUUCAUUGCCACAAAGGGCGCUACUGAGCUCUCUGUUUCUACUCGUCUUGAUCGUCUCCUUGUUACCGCUGCCGUGCCCCCAAACUGGGACCUGCUUAUGCCUAUCUUCGCUCCUCGGGCGAGCAUCUACCCCCUGACUGUGAGCAUGGGCAACUUUGAAAUCCCGUACCUUACUUUGAUUCUCCAGGGUCUUACUGUUGUUGGGUCGCUUGUUGCCACCCGUGCGCAGCACAAGAAAAUGCUGGAGUUUGCGGCCACCCACAAGAUUGAGCCGAUUGUUGAGACUUUCCCAAUGACGGAGGAAAAGAUCACGGAGGCCAUGGACAAGCUGGACCGGGGAGAGAUGUACUACCGUGCUGUUCUUGUUGCACAGUAG